UGUUCGGCAUUAAGCAUCGCACGUGGAAAUUAUUGAAAUCAUAAAAAUUAGAAAAAUAAUCAUUAGUUUUUACUUUUCACUAUCAAUUUAAUCGUUUCAAAAAUCAAAAUGCUUGCAAAAGGAGUGAAACGACCUGCUCCAUCCAGCGAGGAUGGUCCUUCAAAAACCAAAAUAGUUAAAACAAAGACUGACAAAUCUGGAGUUAACAAAUCAAAACCUAAAAACCUAUUCAAAGGAAAACCAACGAAACCUCUAGCUGGAAAACUCCCAAAUGCAAAAGGUGAACGUAAAAAAAAGGACGAACCCGAAGCGAAACCAGAAAAAACAGACUGGCGUAAAUUCAAGCAAGAUAAGAAAGAACUCAAAUUGAAGCGAAAGCAAACCAAAGGCUCGUAUGAUGUGGCUGCCGAAGCAAAACGCAUCUAUGAAAAACUUAAAUGCAGAAAAUCUGGAAACAAAUCUGCUGAGGCAGAAAAACUUUACGAGUUGGUGAGGGGAGAAAUGCUCAAGAAAUUUGUGUUGGCACAUGACACAGCUCGUAUAGUUCAAACUAUGAUCAAAUGCGCAUCACCGGCUAUACGUACUAGUAUUUCUGAGGAACUCCUUCCUCAAGUCGUAGAAAUGGCCAUUUCAAAGUAUGCACACUUUUGUGUAGUGACAAUGUUCAAGUAUGGAAGUGCGGGAAUCAAAACUAAACUAGUGGAUUCUCUUUUAGGAAACGUUGUUCGCUUGGCAUGUCACAAUAUUUCGAGCAAGAUUUUGGAUAACGCCUAUUUAACUCAUGCCACGCCACAGCAAAAAAUUUACAUGCGUCAAGAAUUCUAUGGAGAUUUAUACAAAAAGUCAAAAGAUGAUUCUGUUAAGGAAUUAUCCGACACGUAUAAAGAAACAAAACACAUGAAAGCUGCUAUUCUAGGUUCAGUCAAAUCCAAUCUAGACCAUGUGGCUAAUAAGAAACUCGUUGACAGUUCACUAGUUCAUGCAAUAAUUUUGGAAUACCUAAAAGAAUGUGAAGAAGACAAAAUAGAAGAAACUGUUACAAUGUAUUCCAGCCUGAUACCACUUCUAUUAACAACAAAAGAAGGAUGUGAAGCUGCUGUGCUUUGUUUCUGGCACUCAACACCAAAAAAUAGACGUGCCAUCGUAAAAACAAUUAAAGAACAUUUAGUUAAAAUCUGCACUCACGAACAAGGUCAUGUGUUUGUUAUUGCAAUGGUUAAUGCAUUGGACGACACAAAGGCUACGAAAAAAGCCAUUUUCGAUCCAAUUCUUGCUGAUUUACAAACCAUUGCUGCCAAUCAAUGGGGUCGUCGUGUUAUUGAAUGGUUUGUUUCGCCUGGUGAUACAAAGAGUUUCCAUCCAAAUUUUACAUCGUACAUUGAAGAAGGCUUGAAAUAUGGCAAAAAAGACAAGGAAUUGAGAAGAAAGGAAAUAUUUGAACAAAUCGAAGAACCAAUUGCAAAGGCCAUAGCUGAUGCACCUGAAUUUUGGUUUGCUGAUGGCCAUAUUGGAUUGGUGACGGCAAAUUUACUGAAUAAAUUGACAUCGACUAACUUCACAAAUGCUGCACAAUCUUUGGCCAACCUAAUUUGUAAACCUGAUUGGACAGCUUCUGCAUCAGAACCUGGCAAAGAAGCCGAUACACCUGAAACUGUCGAAGGAAUUGUUCAUGCUGGCUUGCAUGUUGUUCUUAAGAAAAUUAUUAAACAUGAUUCAGAGCGAAGCAAGGAAAACCAAGAAGAGACAUUUGGUGCGAUACUAUCAAAUACUAUUACAGAUGAAACUGUAAAAUGUUGGUUAACUCAUAACAGAGGCUGUUUCAUUCUUCUGAAUGUCAUCGAAAACAACGCAAAAGAAGCAACAAACACCCUUAAGCAACUAAUUAAGGAUAAUAUUAAAAUUCUAAAGGGACAAAGUACAGCAGGAAGUAAACUUUUGUUAAAGAAAAUUGAAAAUUAGAUUUUAAGUUUUUAUAUAUUUCAUUGUUUUUUUUUUUUUUGUAAUGUUAGAGAUUAAUUAAAGAUAUUUUUUAAUCUACGCAACUAAUUUUGACUUGUUUU